CUAUUUAGCGUCAGUUGAUCGAAGCGUGAAUAACAAUCAACAUGGCUCGAAUUAUGAUCUGUUCUGGAGUAUUAGUGUUGUUGGUAGCUAUUACAAAUGCUGCGCCCAGCAGCUUUAGCCAAGCCAGCGCACAAGCAACUUCCAUCGGCGGUGGCCAUUCAAGCCCUUCUGGUCCUAGAGGAAUAGGAGGACCUGGUGGCCCAAAUCAGGGUUUCGGUGGCCAUAAUCAAGGUUUUGGAGGACAUAACUCAGGAUUUGGAAGUUCUAAUCAAGGAUUUGGAGGUUCAAGGCCAGGAAUUGGAGGACCUAAUUCUGGUUUUGGAAAUAAUAGACCAAGUUCCCAGGGCUCCAAGGGACUUUCGAUCAGUAUAUCUAAGAGUGUUAACAUUGGAGGUGGUAAUGCUCAGUCGAGAUCUCAGGUCGGUGCGCGCGGAAAGUAAGAAGUGACAGAUAGAUAAAAAAAUGGAACUUGAGUAAUUUUAAAUGUUUUUUUUUUUUGUUUUUAUAGUAUCCUGUCCCCAGUCCCUUUAAAAUUCCGCCCGCGUCACUUUUUUCCGAUGUUUGUUGAGUAUAUUUUAUGUACACUUACUGAUAAUAAAGUAUUUUUGUCGCAGUGA